AUGUCUUCUCGAUUCCGUACUCUCAUCACAAACGCCACUCAACUCGUAUGCGUUUCAUUCAAUAAAAACGUUACUCUCCUGAAAGGAGCCGAACAAAACACCAUUGAGAUUAUUUCAAAUGGAGCCAUGAUUAUUGGACAUGAUGGUAAUAUUGCUCAUCUCGGAACCACUCAAGAAAUUCAACAAAUUAUUUCUCGAAUGAUUUCAUCAUCAAAUAAUAAUAAUAAUAAUGAGAAUAAUACGACUUGUUCACUCUCAGAUCUCUUUGAAACCAUUCUUGAUUGUACCGGAAAGAGUGUUAUUCCAGGCUUGGUGGACUCUCAUACUCAUCCCGUAUGGAGUGGAGAUCGUUGUCAUGAAUUUGUUUUGAAAUUACAAGGAGCCACCUAUAUGGACAUCCAUAAGAUGGGAGGAGGAAUUGGUUUUACAGUAAAACACACUCGUGAAUCAUCGGAAGAGGAUUUAUUGAAUUUACUCAUUCAGAGAGGUCGUAAAAUGUUGCGCAAUGGUACCACGUUGAUGGAAGGAAAAUCUGGAUAUGGACUUGAAACAGAAACGGAAGUGAAAAUGUUGAAAGUAUUACACCAAGCCAAUAAGAAACAUGUGGAAUUGGGUCUGCCAGAAAUUGUUUCAAAUUAUUUGGGAGCUCACUCGGUUCCCAAGACCACGAAUUUGCAAGAUUAUACUCGACAAAUUUUAGAAGAACAAAUUCCAGCACUUGCUGAAAUGAUUGAGAAGGAUGAAAUUGGACCAAGUUUGAUUGAUGUUUUUCAUGAAAAGGGAGUGUUUGAAACUGAAGAGACGAGACGUGUUCUUUCUGCAGGAAAAGAAAAAUUGAGACUUGCCAUUAAUUUUCAUGGAGAUGAAUUGAACCCAAUGGGAAGUGCAGAGUUGGCCUAUGAAUUGGAUGCAUUGGCUGUGUCUCAUUGUGAACAUGUGAGUGAUAAGGGUAUUGAAUUGAUGGCUGAAAAGAAUAUUUGUGCUACAUUGCUUCCAACAACAGCUUACAUUUUGAGAAUUGCAUAUCCACCAGCAAGAAAGAUGAUUGAAAAGGGAGUACCUGUUGUCUUGUCCACCGAUUUUAAUCCAAAUGCUCAUUGCAUGUCUUUGCCUUUUGUGAUGAAUUUAAGUUGUGUGAACAUGAGAAUGACCUUAAAUGAGGCGCUUGUGGCUUGUACGUUGAAUGCAGCUGCAUCAAUUGGUAAGGCAAGUACACAUGGUAGUUUGGCUGUGGGAAAGAAAGGAGAUUGUGUUAUUAUUAACCAUCCAAAUUGGGAACAUUUAAUUUAUGAAUUGUGUGACUCACCAAUCUUACACGUCAUUAUGAAUGGAAAAGUUGUCUACACAAACCAACAACUUUAG